UUUCAAUUUUUGCAUUACGUACCAUAUUUGUAUCUCCUUAUUUAUAGACCAAUGUGAUUAAAGAAUCACCCAAAGGCCAAAAUGAAAUCAUCAACAACAUGUUCACCAAUUCUGAGUUUCCCUUUUGAGGUUGUGAUGAUCCGACCAACCCCAAAACCCAAAGCAUUGGUUCCCAUAUUUUUUUCCUUAAAAAAAACUACUCCCUUGCAAAUGAACAUUAAAACCAUGAAAACUUCCAUCCUCCACUUCUUUUCCAACAUCAUUGAUCCGCCUCUUAACCCUUCUGUCGAUCCGAUUCAUGUCUUUCAGGGAAACUUGGCUCCAGUGGAGGAAAUGGAACCAACGGAUUGUCAAGUAAUAGAGGGUAAGCUUCCACUCUCUUUAAACGGCGUUUACAUCCGAAAUGGUCCAAACCCGCUACAUCAACCUUGUCGUGCUUUACAUUUGUUCGAAGGCGAUGGCAUGCUUCACUCCUUGAGAUUAUCAAAUGGUCGUGCAACAUACUGUAACCGCUAUGUCAAGACUUACAAAUAUAUGCUCGAGCGAGAAGUUGGUUUUCCCAUGGUCCCAAACAUGUUGUCUGGCCUUUAUGGCCUACUCGAUAUUGUUCGUUUUUGUGUUUGCAUAACUAGAAUCAUAACUGGACAUCUAGAUAUCAUGAAGGGGAUUGGUGUAGCCAAUACUAGCCUUGCUUUCUUUUCAGGUAAACUUUUUGCUCUAUGUGAGUCUGACUUGCCAUAUAUUGUUAAUGUAACUCAGCAAGGUGACAUUGAGACUUUGGGGCGUUGGGACAUUGAUAAAAAGUUGCUCUCCACCAUGACUGCACAUCCCAAAUUCGAUAAGGAAACGAAGGAGACAUUUGCUUUUUCUUGGAGCUUUGCAUUCCCGCAUCUUACCUUCUUUCGAAUCGACGAAAAGGGUGUUAAACAAAAAGAAGUACCAAUCUUUUCCAUACAUAAACCAAAUUUAAUUCAUGAUUUUGCUAUAACCAAGAGGUUCGCAAUUUUUCACGAGACGCAGCUAGUGUUUUCACUACCAAAAGUAUUGUUCGGAAGAGGCGCCCCUCUGGUUUAUGAACCGAAAAAAAGCACUAGAAUUGGGAUCUUGCCACGGUAUGCCAAAUGUGACUCAGAGUUGAAGUGGUUUGAGGUUCCAGGAUUCAACGCAUCUCAUAUCAUAAAUGCUUGGGAAAAUGGUGACGAGGAGAUUGUGGUCGUGGCAUCAAAUAUCAUGUCUUUGGAAAAUUUUUUAAAUAAGAAGAAAUUGGAUGUUGUUUUGGAGAAGGUAAAAAUCAAUACCAAGACAGGGAAUGUUUGUAGAAACAUUCUUUCGACAAGAAAUUUGGAGCUUGGAUCAAUAAAUAAAGCUUAUAUAGGAAAGAAAACCCGUUACUUGUAUCUUGGAGUGCUUGAAGAGACCCCAAAAACAUCAGGUUUGGUAAAGAUUGACUUGGAAACAGGGAUUGAAAUUGGAAGAAGAUUUUAUGGACCUGGUUGUUUUGGAGGAGAGCCAUUAUUUGUGAGAAGGAAUGGUGAAGAAGACGAAGAUGUCGAAUUCAAUGAUGAAGAUGAUGGAUUUGUCAUGACUUACGUUCACAAUGAGCAAACUGAUGAAUCGAUAUUCCUUAUGAUGGAUGCCAAAUCACCCGAUUUCACUACCAUUGCAGCAGUUAAGUUGCCUAGGCGUGUACCAUAUGGCUUUCAUGGUCUAUUUCUGACCAAUUGGGUGUUAGAUAAUAGCCUUGAUAAUUCAAGUCGACGAGAUUGACUUUAAUAAGCCAAGUCUUGGCUUAUGUUGAAAAAAUCAAACGAGCACCGAAAGAAGAAAACGUGCAAACAAACGAAGAAAAC